AUGUACAUUAUCUUCAUAUUACUUCUAGUCUCCUUUCACUUGCUGUCCCUUCAUCUGCCAUGCUGAUCCUAAGUGCUGUGUCAACCUGCCUCGUCUUCCUUCUUGUACGAGGGCUGAACAUCUCCCAGCCUCAGGGUCAAGUGGAAGCAGAGGAGGGAAGUAACGUCACUUUAGUGUGCACGAUGACAAGUGCGACUCCAGUGGGACCGGUGAGAUGGUACAAAGGGGCUGACAGUGAGCGCACACAUUUCUACUCAGGAUCCCCCAAAGGAGGAGAUAAGAAUGACCCUCGAGUGUCCUGGACAAUGGAGAACCCAACUGUCAACUACAGCAUCACAGUAAGAGACGUCAGAGUCAAUGACACGGGAGAGUAUUACUGCGUGAAAUACACAAAGGCAGAUGAGGAGAAACCGUACGCCUCAGGACCGGGGGUCAACCUGAUUGUGAAAGGAGUGCCCAUCAUCACCGGCCCAGCCAGCAGGGUGAAGGUGGGAAACGAUCUCGAAUUAACUUGUGAGGUCAACGGGGUCAGCGACAUCACAGUCAAGUGGUUCAAAGAUGAGCAGGAAGUGACCCCUGAGCACAGAGAUACAUCGUGGGGUGGAAAAUCAAGAAGAAGUGUCAUCAGACUGACUCCAAAGAUACAGGACAUCAAGUCCGUCGUCAGGUGUCAGGAGUUGGGACUCUCCGCUCUGAACCCUCUGGAGGACAAAUUUCACUUGAAGGACGCCAUUGCAGUUUUACCUGGAGUGCCAGUCAUCGAGAACCCUAAGCUGGUGCUGGGUGACUCAGUAAUCAUGACGUGCAAACUCAGUGGCAUCUACCCCAGAGAUAUAAAUGUGACCUGGACCUGGGACAAGACGUUUAAAAGCUCCCAGUCUCAGCAUGCAGAAGAACACGAGAACGGCACCUUCACUGUCACCUCUGUGCUUUCAUUCACUGUGAAGGAGGAUAUGAGGGGCACCCAGCUGACAUGCCAGGCGGGAUAUGAGGGGUUAACACCAGUGAGUGCCACGGUGACACUGGGAGUCAGAGGAUUUAUUGUUUCACAGCCUCAGGGUCGAGUGGAGGCUCUGGAGAGAAGCAACGUCACUUUAGUGUGCGUCAUGUCCAGUGAGAGUCCACCGGGACCAGUGAGAUGGUACAAAGGAAAUGGCAGCGAGCGCACACACUUCUGCUCAGGAGCCCCCAAAGGAGGAGAUAAGAAUGACUCUCGAGUGACCUGGACAGCUGAGUACAUGACUGUCAACUACAGCAUCACAAUAAGAGACCUCAGAGUCAGCGACACAGGAGAGUAUUACUGUGAGAAAUACAGAAAGAAAGAUGAGAACAAAACGUACGCCUCAGGACCGGGGGUCACCCUGACUGUGAGAGGUACAGGCCCUUCUAACUCUACAAACCAGAACACUGAUGGUCACAGUGGCAAAAUCGCGGCAGGAGUGUUGAGCGCGAUCAUCAUCAUCGUCUGCAUCGUCGGAGUCACCAUAUGGUAUUUCCGCAAGAAAGCUAAGGGAAACAGCACCAUCUCCAAAAGCAGCUCUUCUAAUGAUGGCUCAACAUCCCCAGUUGAUUCCAAAGAGGUGGAGGUCACUUAUGCAGAACUGGAUUCUAAGAAUUUCCAAAGCAGACAGAAAAAACCCAAAGAAAAUGAAGAAGACCAAUCAUCAACUCCUGAAAUGCCAGAGUCAGUCGUCUAUGCCAGCCUGCAACAAAAUAAAGGCACAUCAAAAUCAUCACAGAAAACCAAAAGAGCACAGGAGGCGAUGCUAUAUUAUUGAACAGCGUCCUCAAGGUACCCAUAACUGCCCCUCAAGAGUUUCCCAAAGUGUCCCCAAGUCAGCCAUUCACUUCAUGACAUUCCAGAUUUAAUCAUUAGGGAGCACAUGUAGACCUAGAUGAUUAUGAGAAGAGGCUUUAGAUCAAAGUAUAAAAUAAACCCAAAAAUGAAAAUAAUGAGAGCUGCUGGCAGUGAUUCACCCUGCAAAGUAUAGAUAAUAUAUAGUGCCUUUCAUCUAUCUAUCUAUCUAUCUAUCUAUCUAUCUAUCUAUCUAUCUAUCUAUCUAUCUAUCUAUCUAUCUAUCUAUCUAUCUAUCUAUCUAUCUAUCUAUCUAUCUAUCUAUCUAUCUAUCUAUCUAUCUAUUUCACUUUGCAUAACCCAGUUUCAGUCCAGUCUUUUUUCUUUUGAAAAACACUACAUAUAAUACAAAUAAAUAAUGAAUAUUAUGUUAAUAUGAUGUCUUUCUCUAUCAGCUUUUUCCAUAAAUCACUGCCAUUUAUUUCACCAAGACUCACACCUUCAGCUCUGUUUUGAAGCCUGAAUACCACUAAGCAUUGCCACCAUGUGUAUAUUGUAGUUAACGUUUCAUGUGCAGUUAAUACAAUAUACAAAGUCAAAUAAUACUUUUGUGAUCAAUUAAUGUUAUGUAUAGAAUGUUUAUAAAGUUAUUCAAGUAUUUUUCUGAUUUUGAUUGAAAUAUACGGUUACUCUAAGUGUUAAUUACUGCAUAUUAAAGCGGCUCUGCCUGUU